CUUCCUGAGGCCUAGGCGUGACGACAACCAUCGUGCGUUACGGAUCAUUCUCCGCCUCGCCGACUAUCCCUCCGAUCGCUGCGCUUGAGGUAAAUGUAGUAACCAACUAAGUAACAGGUCGUUUCGCGAUGGCGAAAGGCGGCCGCGCCGGCGACAGCAGGCUGCUGUCUCUCCCCGACGAGCUCCUGCAGAUUAUCCUCGCCCUCGCGGACCAUCCGUCCGAUCGCUGCGUUUGAAAUUACAGGUGGUAACCGAACGAUCCUUUCGCGAUGGCGAAAGGGGGCCGCGCGGGCGACGGCAGGCUUCUCUCUCUCCCCGACGAGCUCCUGCAGAUUAUCCUCGCCCUCGCGAACCACCCGUCCGAUCGCUGCAGCGUCGCGCUCUCCUGCUCGCGCCUGCGCCGCCUCUCGCGCAGCACGCCGCACACCCUCCUCCUCGAAUUCUACUCGCCGCGACACGCCGCCAAUCCGCGAGCAUGGCUGAAAAGUUUCGACGAUUUUUCGAGGGUAUUUACCCAUGUUGCGGAUCUGACCGUGGAAAUUACCUCUGGCCUGGGGAACCAAUUGAUGGAGGGGAUUGCGGCGGGCUGCCCGAGGCUGGAAAAACUGAGGCUCAUGUCGCCAUGGGUUAACUUUAACGUCAACGGUCGCGCGUGGCGAAAGCUGGCGAAGCAAUGCCCGCAUUUGACAUCGCUGGAGCUCGAUUCGCGCUACGCCCGCAGCCCACUCUUCUACGCGCAGCAGCCCCCGCUUCCCCCCGUGGACGUCUUCCCCGCCCUGCGAUCCCUCGCUCUCCUCUACCUCCCCUCCGACUACCUCGCGCUCCCCCGCUGCUCCUCCCUCACCUCCCUCACUCUCUGGGGCCCUGAACCCUCCACCCUCUCCUCCCUCGCCUCCUCCUCCCCCUCCCCCUCCUCCUCCUCCCCCUCCGCCUCUCUCAAGUCCCUCACGAACCACGCAGCCAAGCUGCACCGGUCUCUCUCCCCCCUCGCCCUCUUCCCCGCGCUCUCCUCCCUCUCCUUCCUCUCCUGCACCAUCGACCCCUACGCCCUCCACUCCCUCUCUCACUCCCUCCACACUCUCACUCACCUCACUGUCCACUCCUGCCCGCUCGUCUCCAGCCACUCCCUCGCCCCCCUGCUCCAAUCCAACCCGGCCCUCUCCUCCCUCUCCCUCCGCGGCACUACCUACCGCCUCUUCAGCGCGCAGGGCUUCCGCUCCCUGCUCUCUGCCUCCUCAUCCGCCUCCCAGCUCCACACCCUUCGGCUCUGUGGUCUGCCCUCGUUCCGCCCGGGCGUGCUUGCGGGGUGCAGCGGGUUAAGGUCGCUGAGUGUGGAGGGGGUGAUCGAGGCUCAGGACCUCGUGCCGCACGGCGUGUCGCUGGACAGCCUCGUGAGCAUGCUCGUGCGCGUGGAGCGGCGGGGGGGAGGGGGAGGGGGAUGGGGGGAGGCAGGAGGGGAGGGUGGAGGAGCGGAGAGAAUGGAAGAGGAAGAGGAGGCUGUGGAGACGGAAGGGAGAGGAAAUGCUGGUGCUCCUGCAGCAGCAACAGUAGCAGCAGCAGGAGUACCAGCAUCACCAGCAGCGACGGGCGCAGCAGCAGCAGCAGCAGCAGCAGAAGCAGGUGGGGGGGAAAGGGGGAGCGUAAUCCGGGGCAGAUACGUGGAUAUUCGCAUAGAGGCAGCGUCAGCGCAGGCAGACAAGAUCGCAGCAGCAAGCGACAUCAUCCAUCUCUUCGACACGGCCGACGAAGCCACCAAAGCCGCCCGCUCCGACGCCCUCUGGGCGGCGAGCGCUGAGGGCGAGCGCGCCGUGGCUCGGAUCACCGCUAGCUUCGGGAAGAUCAGGUCCGGGAUUUCGGCCUGCCGAGCCUUCUGCCUGGGUACCCGCGAGUCCAACGCGGCUAUCGAGAGGGAGGAUGUGCUCAUGAGGGCGUUUGCUGCAGCUGGCCAGGCGCCAGGGUUUUUCAUGACAGAGCUUGUCUCAGGGCAGGAGGGAGAGGACGGGGGAGAGGGGGAUGAAAUCAGGGGCAUGGAUGGGGCUGUUCUGGGAAUACAGCCUGAAGAUGGAUUGGCUGAGAGUCUGCUGGGUGGGGUGCGGUCCGGUGCGGUGGGGACGCGUGAAGAGGCUCUGCGCGUGCUGCAUUCGCUGGUGGCGCGGCUGGGGGAGCACACGGCGGCCAUGACGGUAAGCCUCCGGUGCAUGCGCCGCCUCAGCACAGCUCUACGGGCCACUCUGGCGCGACCACCAGUGGAUGGGGCAGCAGCGGAAGAUGGGGCGGCAGCAGGUGGGGCGACAGCAGGUGGGGCAGCAGCAGGUGGGGCAGCAGCAGGAUCAGAUGUGACGGCGGCAGCAGCAGCAACAGAUGAGGAAAGAGCAGCAGGGCGUUGCAUGGGAGGGGAGGAAAGGGCACCAGGGGGCGGAGGGCCAGGGGAGGCGACACCAGGGGAAGCGACACCAGGGGAGGCGGUGCCAGGGGAGGUAACACCUGGGCAGGGAACACCGGUGAAGGCGUCACCAGGAAACGGGAGGCAGCCACGCGGCAGAAGAGAGUUAGCCGGGAAACGUACAGAGGGGCGCCAGGGGCGCGAGUCCCCAAUCCCUGUGGAAGUAUUCUGCCCUCGACUCGAGUCCCUCACCCUCCAAGUGCUCUACUUCUCCUCCACUCCCCUCCCCAAGUGGCUGCCCCCAACCCUCUCCUCCGAAUCCCCUCUCAUGUACCUCUGCUCCCCCCCACCACCUUCCACUAUUCGUUCAUCCCCCUCCCCCCGCCCCUCCCCCUCCCCCUCCUCCUCUCUCUCCUCCUCUGCCCCUAGCCCGAGCAUCCAGCCACAGUCCUUCGAGUCCAUUGCUCGGGCUGCUGUCUUUGGCAGUCUGAAGCAGCUAACCUUGGUGUGCUGCUUGGGGUUGGAGGAGCAGCAGUGGCUUGACAUGCUACGCGCGUGCGCUAAGCUGGAGGAGUUAAGGGUACAGAACAAUGAUAAGUUCUCAGAUAGGGUUUUGGCCGGGAGCACACUGGAGAGACUCGCUGAUUUUACUGUGUUGGCGUGUGACAAGGUCACUGCGGCUGGCAUUGGGGGGGUUCUUGGGAGCUUUCCGAGGUUGCGGCAUUUGAAGGUGGAGGCGAGUAAGGUUCAGGAUCGAGGUCGACGAGAGCUGCUUCGUGCUGGUGUGGUUAUCAGGGGAAUAGUAGUUCAGUAAAAGGGUCUGACGAGGCAAGCAGAUCGUUGUCAUUGCACCACAGGGUUAUCUUAUGGUGAAGGAAACCAUUCAAUUUCAGUGCA